AUGUGGGAAAAGGAUAUAUUGCUUCGAGUCAGUGGUGAUGAUGACAUACAGGUAAAGGAUGAAGAAUUACCGUUGAAGGAAAAACAAAUUUGUUUACGUCGAAAAAAUAUGAAAGAAGAAGUUUCAGCCUCUGGAAACAAGAACUUGUACGAAAUCCUGCGCCUCGAUAUGAAAGAAGUUCGCAAGAAAUCCAUCGAAGAACAGAACGAGAUGAUUAAAAAGGCUUAUCGUUCUCAACUUCUGCGUUGGCAUCCUGACAGGAAUCCUGAGUAUGGCGAUAAAACUAUUUGCCAAAAGAUCAUCAUUGCCUACAAGAUUCUCAAAGAUCCUGAAGCCCGAGCCGCGUAUGAUAACAUCGCAGAUUAUGACAAAGGAUGGUACUCGAAAUGGCGAUGGAAAGGUCUAUUCAAUGCCGAGACUUACAGCGAUGAGCAGCGAAAACAACAUACAAGGAAAAUAGGAUUGUUGAUUCUCUCAAGUUUACUUCUAGCGGGGGGCGUUGGUUUAACCUUCUUAACAGCAGGAAUGACCGAACCCGUUGCACUCGGGAUAAUAGCCGCAUCCGGAGCAACUUUUAGAUGCGGGAUUUCAAGUAGAUCACGAGAUUUGAUAGACAAAGCUAAGGCUUUUAAAAAAUACUUUAGUAGUUUAAUGAUCGGCGCUGUUGGUGGAGCAGCAGUAGGAGGAGGAGUUGCUGAGAUUGCUAAGUUAUUGGAUGGAAAAGCAAAGCUUGCAUUGAAAGAUGCUAAACUUUCUCUUGAACGGCAAAUUGCGAUAAGGAUGACUAGGCAUGUUUUUCGUGGCUUUACCAAUUCCGUUGCAAAUAAUCUAGACGCAGUCCUUGCAGAUGGGCAGAAAAUAACCUGGGAAGAAUUUCUUUUACAUGUCUUAACUGAUGCAUUAUUAGGAGGAAUUGCGGGGCUACGAGGAGGGCUGACAGAAAACAUAAUCGAAAAGCUGGUUUCAGCAAAGGACGUAGCAGCAGCAUUUGAGGUAAUUUCCUCCAGCACACCUAAUCGUUUUGAAGUCGUUACAAAAAUAGCAGUGGAAACGUUUGCCAACCUUAUUGAACAUCUCGAUGAUGAUGUCGAAAAUAACUCCGUAGAGGACGAUAUAAAAAAUGGUGCAAGACUAGCGGCAAUAGCGGUUGGGAAUCAUUUGACGAUGAUAGAUAAUGAAGUCCCAAAAAUAAUCGAGGACGGAGAAGAUAUAACAGGGAUGGAAGCUAAUUCCAAUGAAACAUUUCAUGAUAUAUCUGAGGAAACGUGUGAUGAAACAAAAAACUAUGCUAGUAGCACAACAUUAGCGGCAAGGAAUGCGAAAGAAACGGUUGGUAAAGAUGGAAUCACGACGACCAGUGAUAAUGAAGAGAGUACUGGAGACAGUAAUGAUAUGAGUGAUAAAUUUCAGAAAUCCAAUAGAGAAAUAAAACAAGACGAUUGUGGGGAAAAUGCAAAAGGCAACUCAGAUAAAUCAGAUAAAACUCUACAUGUUUAUAUGCCGAUGCCAGUAGAAACAAAUGUGAAAGGUGACUUCACGAAAAGAACCCCACCUUAUGAAAAAAAAGAAACAAAUUAUAAUGAGUGUACGCAACUUGCGGGGCAAAGUAUGACGUAUAUUUCUAAAGAAAGUUGGUCUUCCAAGAUGCUUGUUGAUUAUGAAGAGAACGGUGAAGAGAAACAUCGCGAGGGUGAAGGUAGUGGGAGUUCGAUCAUGUUACCAGACAACGCUACCAAAAUCAAAGUUAGAUUUCAGGUCAUGCGUGCUCCUGGUAUUUGGUCUGAUGUGAAAGAAUACGACCAUUUCAAAAAAUGUUGGGUAGAACCAACCAAGCCUCAUAUUUUUGAAUACGACAAACCAGUGAGUCGCACGUACACUUUGGAUGGAAACUUGUAUUAUGAAAAAGUAAAGAGGGCUUCCACAGAUGAUGAUAAUGAAGAUAAAGAAAAGAAACUAAAGUAUAUUUCUAAAGGGAGUUGGUCUUCCAAGAUGCUUGUUGAUUAUGAAGAGAACGGUGAAGAGAAACAUCGCGAGAGUGAAGGUAGUGGAAGUUUGAUUCUGAUUCCAAAUAAUGCUACCAAAAUCAAAGUUAGAUUUCAGGUGAUGCGUGCUCCUGGUAUUUGGUGUGAUGUGAAAGAAUACGACCAUUUCAAAAAAUGUUGGGUAGAACCAACCAAGCCUCAUAUUUUUGAAUACGACAAACCAGUGAGUCGCACGUACACUUUGGCUGGAAACUUGUAUUAUGAAAAAGUAAAGAGGGCUUCCACAGAUGAUGAUAAUGAAGAUAAAGAAAAGAAACUAAAGUAUAUUUCUAAAGGGAGUUGGUCUUCCAAGAUGCUUGUUGAUUAUGAAGAGAACGGUGAAGAGAAACAUCGCGAGGGUGAAGGUAGUGGGAGUUCGAUUCUGAUUCCAAACAAUGCUACCAAAAUCAAAGUUAGAUUUCAGGUGAUGCGUGCUCCUGGUAUUUGGUCUGAUGUGAAAGAAUACGACCAUUUCAAAAAAUAUUGGGUAGAACCAACCAAGCCUCAUGUUUUCAAAUACGACAAACCAGUGAGUCGCACGUACACUUUGGAUGGAAACUUGUAUUAUGAAAAAGUAAUGAACACUUCUAGAGAUGAUCAAGAUGAACGAGUCAGACUGCAGUAUAUUUCUAAAGGAAGCUGGUUUUCCAAGAUGCUUGUUGAUUAUGAAGAGAACGGUGAAGAGAAACAUCACGAGGCUCGUGGUAGUGGAAGCUCGAUUCUGAUUCCAAACAAUGCUACCAACAUCAGAGUUAGAUUUCAGGUCAUGCGCGCUCCUAGUGUUUGGUGUGAUGUGAAAAAGUACAACCAUUUCAAAAAAUGUUGGAUAACACCAACCAAGCCUCAUGUUUUCAAGUACGACACACCAGUGAGUUGCACGUACACUUUGGAUGGAAACUUCUAUUAUGAAAGAGUAACAAAAAUCACAGGAGAAUAUUUCAGAGGGAUGUUUGAUUGUGGUCUACCAAGAUACAAGACGUUGGUGGACGAAACGACAAAUAGUGACGAGUUCACAGGUCCAGUGAAGUAUGAACUAAAGUAUAUUUCUGAAGGACUUUGGCUUUCCAAGAUGCUUGUUGAUUUUCAAGAGAACGGUGAAACAAAACAUUAUGAGACUGAAGAUAGUGAAAGUUCAUUUCUGUUACCAACUAAUGCUACCAAUAUUAAAGUUAGAUUUCAAAUAAUGCGCGUUCCUGGUAUUUGGUGUGACGUAAAAAAGUACGACCGUUUCAACAAGUACUGGGUAAAGCCAAUCCAGCCUCAUAUUUUCGAGUACGAUAAACCGCGGAGUCGCACAUUUACUUUGGCUGAUUGUGAAGCGGUGAUGAAGAUCACCGGUGGAGAUGAUGACAAUACAUUCGAUAUUGACGGUAGGGCUCAAUCUAGAGAGGAAUUUGGCAGCUACGAUGGGACGGUUAAAUUGGUUGAUAAUAGAGAUCACAUAUCUGCUGAUGUCAAAGUUGAUCACGUUAUAGAAGACAGCCAACUAACGAUGUUAUCUUCCACGUCGAAUUCGGGUAUAAAAGAAUCAGCUCCGAUAGUUUCAGAUGAAGAUGAAACACAUUCUGUUGACUCAGGUUUCGAAGAAAGAAAUAAUGCAUUUUACAAGUGGUUUGAUAUGGGUGCAUUUCACGAAAAUGGUGAGAUGAAGAAAGAGUAUAAAGAAAAAAUGGCGAGGUUUAAAUGGGUGCAAAGCUUCAGCAUUGUCGAUGCAUACGAGGAAGGUAAUGACUAUAAUUUAGAAAUUGUCUGCAAAUACGGUGAAGUGCCUUGUAACGAAGACAUCGUGGAACUCCUUGGCGAGGACAUCCUCCCUUGCAUUACUUAUAAGAAAGCCUCGAAAAUUGAGUGGUUUGAAACAAAUGUUCUGGAUGAAAAUUCUGAAAUAAAAAGGGAAUACACCAAUGGAUUGUUAAGGCUCGAAUGGGUGGAAAGUUUUAAAAUCAUCAAAGCAGACCGGAAAGGGAGUAAACGUUGCUUAGAAAUUGUCCUAAGAUUCGCCACAGUACCUUGUACCCAUGACCUUGUUGAACUAUUCGGCGAAGAAGUCCUUCCUUUCAUUACGUACAAGAAGGAAGGAACAUUUUUUCCUCACAUCUGGUUGCAUCCUCUUAAGAUUAUUAACAAAUGCAAACAAUUCAUUUGUUAUUUCAUUAAACCGGACGAUAGAGAAUCAAGACGAAAGUGGUUUGAAAAAAAUGUAUUUGACGAAAACUUUACUAUGAAAGAAGAAUCCAUGAAAAAACUGGCAGGCUUACCUUGGGUGAAAGAUUUCUAUGUUGGUGUGACGAACGAACCUGAAAAAUCUUGGCAAAUAUACAUAACCCAUGCUCGCGACCAGGCACCCUCCAUGGUGGAUUUAAAGAAAAUAUUUGGUGUUAAUAUUGCAUCCUUUGUUGAUUUCAUUCAAGAAAGCACUGAGCUUCUCCCACCCCCUCGUUUUCUCCGCGGACCAAAAUCAGGGGAUAAAAUCUUUUCAAGAGAAAAAGAUGAUGCAGAUGGUACAAUAAGUAUCUUAACUGCUGAUAGAAAUGAACACUAUGCAAUCACCUGCUACCAUUCAUGUUUCAUCGAUCCCCAUCCUUGCUGUGAUAAAACAAUGUCAGAUCUGCAUGGGCAACUUAAAGAGGACCACGAUCAUGAAAACUCGAGGGGUUGCAAAGAUGAAAUCCGCGUGUACAAUACAGAAAAUCUUAAAGAAGGUAAAUUUCACCAAGGAUUGUAUGAUGACAAUCACGAUAUCGCCUUGAUAAAACUAGAAGAAAGUGAAAAUUGUAUCAACGCUGUGAAUUUCAUUCGAGAAGAAAAUAUUAACCUACCAUUGGCUAGCAAUAAGAAAGUGGCAAAAAUGCUUUUGGACAACAAAGGACGAUUGACUGUGGAAAAACUUGGAGCAAUUACUGGAGUUACAAGGGGAACAUUGUACACAUCAGAUGGCAAGCCACUGUUCGGAACGGAGAAUAUGAGAAUGUGUUACAGAAUAAAAGGAACGCAUGGCCAGGUUUUUGCCAAGGAGGGUGAUUCGGGAUCUCUACUGUACAUUAUUGAAUCGGGUAAUCGAAAAAUACCGUUUGGAUAUCUAUGUUCGGAAAUACCACAAAAUGACAAUUCUGCGGUGUACGGUGGGAGGAAUUUAAAGAGAAGCAUUGAUGAACUAAAAGAGCGUAAAAAUCUUGGCGAUAUUCAACCUUGUGGGAUGGACAGCGAUACCGAAAAGAGUAAAAGAAUGGUAUGCUUGUUAUUGCUAAUAUUGGCCUUUUUCUUCUUUUUUGGCGUUUACAUUGCAACUCCUGUUACUACUGUUGUUGUUAUUUUACACAACCUACCAGCCAAGCGCAAGGUCUGUAAAAAGAGUAUCUGAUAAAGGGCGAGAGAUGAUACUUUUUUGCUUUGAUAGAGAAAUAAGUAAAUUAAUUGUUAUAUGGCAGACAGAAUAUAUUUUUUGCUCGCAAUUCGCAAGUGAUUCGCUGACAUCCACUUGCAAAAAAAUCCUUGCUAAAAAAGAAGUAGUUUUAUAGUUUUUGUUUUACCAGAAUGGAAGGGUUAGCUAGGUUUAUUUGCACAUUUAAAAAUCAUUUGUAUCCGAGCAGUCCCGCAUGCAUAAUUGAAAAGCGUAGUCACAUACAGAUUAGGUUCAUAUAAUUCGAGUCAUGCAAUUUGCCAUAUAAUAAUGAACUUUAUUAACUAAUUAAUCACAUAAGUACUUAAAGAACUUCUUACUUCCAUGCACAAUAAUAUACCAUAUUUAUCUAAGAUACGAAUCAAAGCUUGGAAUAAAAUGUAACGUACCAAACUCCUUUUGGGGACACUGAACAAAUAAUGAUAUAAUCAUAAUUUAUAAUAUAUAUAUGUUCCUAUAAUGAUGUAUUAGAGAAUGUUUGUAA